UCAUCACUCAGUACUGUUUGAGCCGUGGAGUGAGUCAGUCAGUUUUGUCCGUGCCUGGAGGUUUUUCUGUCAUAAUUGUGUUCUUGAAAGGCAAUUUUGAAUGUGUGCGUGACGAUGGGGUGUGGGCAGCAUUCGGGAAGAUGUAUCCUCCUCACGAUAUGUAUCCUGCAAAUAGUAUCGACAGCAGAACGACAAGUCUUUGACUUUUUGGGAUACAUGUGGCUGCCCAUUAUUGCCAAUUUCUUCAACUUCAUAUUUGUCAUAUUUGGUUUCUUUGGUGCGUUUCAGUACAGGACCAAAUAUAUAAUAAUUUAUGUUGCCUGGUUGCUGCUAUGGCUGGGAUGGAAUGUGUUUGUUAUUUGUUUUUACCUCAAUGUAGGUGCCUUGGACAAUAGUAGGGAUUGGCUCAAUUUUGGUACUGGAAGUGCCUCUUGGUGGGAGGUCAAUGGUAUUGGUUGUCGUGCAGUGUAUGCCACAAAUUUAACAGACAUCGAUCCUCUUCGACCCAUCCGUCCUCUAGUGGUAAAUGACUGCCUCGUCGAUUAUAUAUAUGUGGAAACUAUACAUGCUGGUAUCCAGUGUGCUUUUGCAGUUGUGGGCUUGAUUUUCUCUGCAUAUCUUAUAAGAGUAUUUUCUGAGGAGGAUGAUAGCUGCAAAGCUAAGAGUCGUCCUACAUCCAUCUAUUCUGUGGAAUACAGUCCUCAGCGUGAAGGAAGUGAAUCUCCAGAUUUUGGAAUCGAUGAAAGUCCCUACCAGCAACCAAUGACUCCUAGACGUGUUAAGCGUCAGAAUCGCCAUCGUGCCUCAGGCCGUUCUCAGACUAGGACUGGUACUCAAGGGAGAGGGUCACAGCGUUCAAGAAGACAACAACAGUAUGUUAAUCCAGUUAACAGACUCAUGGAUAAGGCUAAUGAGUCUUCCACUAGUACAGACUCCUAUCAUCCGACUGCAGGUACACGAACACAAAGUGGCGGGAGACAAGGACAUUCUAACCCUAUGUAUGUGCAUUCACGUCCAAAUUCAUUGUACUCAGUGAAUGGGUCAACACCUAGUCAUGAUCCAAUGGAACGUCCUCCCUCAGUUCAUUCAUCAUAUUCAAAUUACCAUGGUCAGCGUCCUUCUCUUAACCCAAAUCCAUAUUGUCGGCCUCCUGUCAAUUCAUUGGGUGCCAACAUGAUUGCUGGUAAUAACAACAGACGUCCGAUGGCACGUGCAAAUGGGUCAAUUGGUACAGAAUCAUCCGAGCCCAUGAACACAAUGGGAUCAGUUCACAGUUUAGCUUUUAGCAGCACAGGCACAAUGAGGUCAGAAAGGCCCCCUCCUUACAUGUUUGGUGUAAAUUCUGAAACUGUAAUAUGAUGGGGCAUUUAAAAUGCAGUUGAGUCUAGUGUACAUGAUGAAACUGGAGAGUGAUAGUGACCUAUAUGCUUUUACUACAGAUUUGGCAACUCUACUUUGAAAAGAUAAUGCUGUGAAUCAUUUGUUGUCCAAAUGUGUUCAUAAGUUACGUAUUUGAUACCAUUUUAUGCCAAAAUGACUUCAGGGGUGUAUUCAUAGGCCAGUAGCACUUGGCAUUUAAGAAGAGACAAUGGCAGCUUGUGAAUAAGUACUUGUUUGGUGAUUUUAUAAAGCAUCAGCUUAUUUUGGUUCCUAAGGUAUAGUUCAGUCAUUUCCUGCACCUUUUUUUGUGUAAUGGAAGUGCAUACAGUAAUUUAUAAAGGUAAUGAUAAAAGACCUAAGUGUAAAAAAUUUAACUAAAGUUGUGAUUAUUGUUGUAAGAAUAUUGACUUCGUGAUCAUUUUUAUAUUCAUAAUACUCUUAUGAAAACUUGUUGUUAGGACUUCAAAGAGGUUGGUAAUUAUGAGUAGAAUAAGCAUGAAAUGUAUACGUUUUCAUUGGAAAUACCUGUCAAUUGAACUUAUGCAGUACAUCAUUUAUUAUCGAGACAUUAUAUCCCAAAAAUGGUACACACAAAAAUGUAUUAAGAAUUUUUUUUUAAGAUGUUGCUUAUGUUUUUGAAUCAUUUAUCAUCAUAGACAAUUGUUUUAGAUGUUGCAAGUGGAGAUUUCCACUUUGCAUUGGCAGCUUGAUUGUUUAAUGACUCACCAGGUACCUGCAAAGGUUGUUUUCAAGUAAAGCUUUAAAACUGUUUUAACCAUGAUCGCUGGUAUUGUCCCACAUACUAGUCUUUAGAUCUCAUAUUAUGAUCUAAUAUAACCAUUAAUUCGUUUAAUUAUGAAAUGUAAACUUAUGCAGGCUGUAAUUUCCAUUGCUGAUCAAAUUGAUAAGCAACUAGGUCAGAAACAAUAGCAUAGUAGUUAAAAUUUUCUUUUGGGCUUGAUGUUCUUUUUAUGCCUGUUACACUAUGAAUAUCCCCUUGCAGUUAAGUAUUCUGCUUAAGUGGUUACAAGUUCAGUCAGUAAUUUGGUUAACCGAUGAUCUUGUUACCUAUGUCCAUGUAUAUUAUUGAAAUUGUAUUUAUAUGUACAUACAAUAAAUUUUAUUUUUUU